GAAGGUGUAAAGACUGAAAAUGAUCACAUCAAUCUUAAGGUGGCAGGGCAGGAUGGAUCGGUUGUCCAGUUUAAAAUAAAGCGACACACUCCUCUCAGCAAGUUAAUGAAAGCAUACUGUGAGAGACAGGGUUUGUCGAUGAGACAGAUACGGUUCAGGUUUGAUGGUCAGCCUAUAAAUGAAACGGACACCCCUGCACAGCUCGAGAUGGAAGAUGAAGAUACUAUUGAUGUAUUUCAACAACAGACAGGUGGUGUUUGCUAA